ACCUACUUCUUUAGUUAGGCUUUAGUUCUCCUUUAAAGUGGCAAACAAGAAUGAAAGGUUGACCAGCAACAUUUCUGGACGGGUAAUUCCGGAGCUUCCACCCCAUGUGUUUCCUGUUAUGAGAAGUUUCCUUUUAAUGGUAAUUGGAGUAAAUCUUUACGGAAGACUUUCCUACGGAGCAAAGGUCACUCUCUACCAUUAACCCCUGGAUGCGUCUGAAAAUGGCAAAUCACUGUGCUGUCACGGAGUGAGCCAGCCAGGAUGAAUUAAGGAGCGAGAUGUGCACAGUUUAGGCAAAGUCAUGAAAUGAGGCUGGAUAUUUCCAAUAAGGGGAUUAGUAUAUACUGUAGGAUCUGGCCAAGCUCUGAUCCUAUGCUGUUGUUUCUCUUUAUAAAACUGCUGUCAGACCCUUUCUUGGAACCCUGUGCUCCGUCAGGACAUCCACAAAGGAGAAGUGGAGCUUUUAGUAAACUGGUGUGAAAUUCCAACUCGUGUCUCUGACACCGAUUGAUCCAUCUGGGCGUCCGUGUGUGAAUCCAGUAGCUAGCUUGUCUCAUCAAGAAGAGAAGGAAAUAUGAAAACUGGCUGUAGCAUUGGGGAAAAGCCUAAAGGAGGGGGAGGUUACCACUUCCCAGACUGGGCGUACAGGGCGGAGUCAAGUCCCGGCUCCCGACAGAUACAACUAUGGCAUUUUAUCUUGGAGCUGCUGCAGAAGGAGGAGUUUCGGCAUGUUAUUGCCUGGCAGCAAGGGGAAUAUGGAGAGUUUGUGAUCAAGGACCCGGAUGAAGUGGCCAGGCUGUGGGGCCGGCGCAAAUGCAAACCUCAGAUGAACUACGACAAACUGAGCCGAGCGCUAAGAUACUAUUAUAACAAGCGGAUCCUGCAUAAAACAAAAGGAAAGCGCUUUACCUACAAAUUCAACUUCAACAAGCUGGUUAUGCCCAAUUAUCCUUUCAUCAACAUCCGACCUAAUGGUGCUGUCCCACAGAGUGCUCCGCCGGUUCCAAGCGCAUCCUCGCAUUUUCACUUUUCUCCACUAGACUCCCCCAGUGAAGACGCCAAAGGAAGCCGUUUCUCUGGCAACUCCACUGCACAGUCCAGCCGUGAGUCGUUGAAUGAGGUCACAGAUCGCAAGACAAAUUCUUCAGAACAAGAUGACGCUUCCUCCGAUUGGCGACGUAACGCAGACCUCAUGGCUCCUCGUAAUCAUGUGGGUUUAGGCCAUCCUGCUCUUCAGAAGCACAAAUCUGAUCUCAUGCUGCCUGUUUUUUCCAUGCCAGGAAUGUAUGCAGACCCCCACAGCCCUUUUGCAAUGUCUCCUCUGCCUGGCCGGGGUAGCCUCCUGAAUUUACCCAUCUCACCUGCCUUAUCUCUCACUCCGACUGUUUUUUCCUAUAGUCCAUCACCAGGUCUGAGCCCUGCUUUAAGUGGCAGCUGCUUUAACUUCACCACUGAAGAGAUGAAACACUACCUGCAGGCCCAGGCUUGCUCUGUUUUAAACUACCACCUCAGUCCACGGACUUUCCCAAGAUUCCCUGGUUUUAUGAUGGCUCCACGUCAGCCUCAUUUUCCUCCAGAGGAGCAGUCAUCGUUCCCCAUCAAGUUGCAGCCCCCACCAAUGGGACGCAAAAACAGAGAACAUCAUCAGAGCCAGGAAGAGAUUCAGAUUACUCUACAGCAAACACCUCUUGCAACUGCCAUGAAGGUGGAGCCAAUUUCUGAUGAUGAACGAACCUCAGACGAUGAUCUAGACUCUUCAGCGGAGAAAGAUUUCCAGAGUGAUGAGGAAGAUGACUCGUUCUCUCCAAGAGAAGACCCUAGUAAGCAAGGGCAUGCCUUUAUCAAGCCGGCUACUCCAUCUUGGACCCCGGUUUCAUCUGCAUCUUCCAGACCUUCUUAUCCGAAUGUGGGUACAGUAGAUCCCUCAGAAUCAAAUCGAAUAACAAAGGACUUUUCUAUCGAUGCAGUUACAGUGGAAAAGAAAGACUCUCUUCCCCCAAAGCUACGUCUGAAACGCCUGUGGAACGGCGAUCGUCAGGCAGAAGUUGCAGAGGACAGAGGAGAGUGCAGGAAAGUCAGCUGCAUUGUUAAUGCUCUCAGGUCUCCAGUCAUCCCUGCAGAAACCAAGGCAGUGACUGAUUCUUAGUAAUGGCGAAUGAUAUAUUGGUCUAUUCCUGUUUAUGUAGAACUGCUACAGAAUGGUUGAGUUUUAUUGAUUUCCAAACUUUCCUAAUAGCGGAUCCUUAUUUAGUAUUUUUUUUUCUUAUUUUCAGGGUGGACAAUACCUCGAAUACACAGGGGAUGACUUAACUGUACAAACUGAAGACCUGAGUGUUUUUUUGCUUUUAUUUUUGCCUUUUCUGGUGGUGACGUAAAACAUUCAGUAGUAAAGAGCAUUUUGAUUGGUGGUUUUGAAUCUCUCUGCUUAAAAUGGCUCAGGAAAGCUCUUGGAAUGGAUGAAUCUUGCACUUGGAUUUUCAAUUCUGGUCUUUGGGUUUAUUUAUAUGUUAUUCAUGAUGUCCCCCCCCCCCCCAUUCUUCUGGAAUAUAUUGACUGCUUAGUUGUGUUUAAGGAAGAGCUCAGAAAAGUUAAUACAGUUGGGCAACAUCUCCGUUGUCUCAUAUUAAUUGACUAGGGGAAGAAGAUGAAGACAAGAGGCCAGAUUUUAUGCCAAAAUUAUUCACUGGGUACAGAAGAGAAUACCUCAUAUUAUGGUGAUCCACUUAAGAGGGAUCAACAACAAGUGGGCAGAUCAAAUGAGCAGGUAGAAGAUAGUUCCAGGCCAAUGGUCUCUGGAUCAGGAGAUUUAGUUUUUAAUUUAAUACAGCAGUACUAUUUACAAAUAUACCUCCUGUGCUCAAGCCACUUCUUUGGCCUGUAAGAAAGUGAUUUAUUGCUGCAAUUCCGUCACUUUUUAUUGGAACCCUGCAGUUGCAUUGACUCAGUGUUUGUAUAGGCGAUGAAUAAUUCCUGUGGGGAAGUCGAGGAAGCGCAGCUUGCAGUCUUUAUGACCUACGGGAAGUAGAGUUUAGAGAAAUCGUGGAUGGUGGGAAGAAUUGGAACACAAAGCCUUUCAGUCUGCGAUUUUUUUUCCCACACCACCGUCAGUUUAUACCCUUAAACACGUAUACAUCUAACUCUGGUAUGUUAAUCAUAGGAUCUGAUUCUAUUAUAUACAGAUUUGCUUUUUUUUAACUCCUGCUUUCCCUUUGUAUUGCCCAAAUUGUUUCUAACACAAGAGAUUCCACAAUGCCCUGAUAUCUACAUCUGCCUUUUCCCUUACCUGUGACAUGUUUAACGGAAUGUCAAAAAGGAGGUUUAUUUUUUCCUUUUAAAGACCUGUCAAAUCCUGUUUGGUUUGGACAUAAAUUUUACUCUUUGUAGAGGUAUUAAGUUGCCUGGGCCUCAGGGACUAAUUAAUCUUCAUGAUCUGUGGCAGGUGAGUCUGAUCCCUUGUCAUUUAAGCCCUACAUAGGAAGGUGCGUAGCACAUACCAGAGUCGAUGGAAAAAUCAUAUGCGUGCUCCUUUGCACAUGUCAUGUCCUCGCCGGUGCCUCUAUGCACUGAUAGGACUAUACUUGCGAAUCGAUAGAUUUUGUUGCCUUGAUUAUAAUACCUCUUUUAUAGUUGGAAUAUAAAUCAAAGUAUCCCCCUCCAAAAAAAAAAAAAAUAUUGAUACCUGUUUUUUUUUUUUAAAACAAAUCUGUAAAUAUCUAUUUUUAUUAGUGAAUUUGUAUUUUUCUAAGUAAAGCUACAAGUAUUUUAUUAAAGCAAGAGCACAGCUCAUCUUUGGA